AUGGUUUCCCAUCAUUUCGAAAGUUUGCCUGCCCCUCCGGUGGAAAAUCUCAGCACGGAAUACAUCCUUCAAGAAAUUAUUGACCACAUUGGAAAACUUGCCGAUGAUGUUCCUCAUGUCAGAUUCAAUUUAUUUCGUAAACAACUCUGGGAUAUUAGAAAUAGGAAUGUGGAUCCAAAGACUCAUUUGAGGGGUUUAUUGAGAGUGUUGGAGCAUACUCAUACUUUUAAACAUGCAUUUGAGGAAUUAGAACCAAAUUUGCAAGCGCAGAUUCGUGCGUUUAUGGAUGAUGUGGAAGAUGUGAAGGAGGAGGAAAUUAUGGGAAUGGGAAAUGUAAAAGGGGAUUUUCAUAUUCCGCCGUCUCCGGCUGUGAAACAUCAUUUUAAGGAGAUGGUUAAGGAGACGCUGAGGGAAAAGGCUCAUGAGGAGAGAAUUAGACUGGUGAGGAGUAAAGUGAUGAAGAAGAUUCAAGAAGCGAAAGAAGAAUUGGAGAGGGAGAUUGUGGAGGAGGCGGGGGGACACAUUGAGAUGAUUCAAAAGGUUGAAGAUCAUGUGGGAGAGUUUUGGGGGAAGCAUCGAGGACAUGGACAUUUAGGUGCCUUGUUAAAGAAUCAUGAUGCUUCUUCGUUACCUUCGAAGCUAGAUUCGUAUCCAAUGUUUGGAACGGGAACGUCCCCCCACAUCUGGGAAGAUGAGAAAGGUUCCAGGAUUAUGGAAGUCCAUAGAAAUGCUCCAUUUCAUAAUUGGGGUAAUAGCGUUAAGAAUACUCCUCUCUAUACUUUUGUUCCGACUACCGUAUUGGGUCUUUCCAAUCUGGUCAAGUGGGCAAAGGUCGAGGGUUAUAGAGUUCGUUGUAGCGGAUACAGACAUUCGUGGAGUAAUACCUUUUCGCAGGAUAAACAGGUUUUGGUUAGCAUGUUGAAUUUGGAAAGUGUGGAGAAGAUUCCGGAUGUUAUGAGUAUUACGAAGGAGAAGGGUGAUGUGGAUUUAAAUGGGGAUGGUGUGGUGGAUGUUAAUGAGUUGAAGACGAUUGAGUUGGAGCCGCAUAUUGAGGGCUUGAGUUUAACGCCUGAGGAGGAGGGAAAGAUGCUUUGUAGAGUUGGUGCCGCGGUUACAAAUGAACAGUUUAGGAGGUGGGCUGUAGGUCAUGGGAAAUGGGCUUUGCCGGUUGAUGUUAUUCUUGUUGAAGUCACAGCAGGUGGUGUCAACGGACCAAUAUGUCACGGAGCCGGUCGUCGUCAUCAAACAGUAUCCGACUACGUCCGAGCCAUCGAAUACAUCGACGCGAACGGAAUCCACCGCACCAUAACCAAACCCUCUCAUCUCCGCGCCGCAGCAGGCUGUUUCGGUCUCCUAGGCAUUGUAACACACAUCACACUUCUCCUCUCCCCAAUGACAUACGCGAUCCUCCGGCCCAGCAAACCCGACAUCGCCCUUGCGAUCCCCCCCCUCUCACUCACCGAUAUCCCCAUCGCGCUGCGCAAAUCCUGGACCCCGGCCCAAUAUGCCGAGGCCCUUCGAGACUUUGAAGAUAAAGCCAAUAAUGAUUAUUACAGCGAGUGGUUUUGGUUCACGAGGAGUCAGCAGGCCUGGGUUAAUUCGUGGAAUGAUACUAGUGAUGCCGAGGGAGUGGUCGAGUAUCCGAGUCCAUUUGAUACGUUUGUUCAGUGGGUUCAGGGGUGGGUGGGGAGUGUUUUGACGGGGAGUGAGGUUUUUGGUCUUUUGCCUGGACGGUGGCAGGCUUGUAUUUUGAGUACUUUUGGGAUGGUCGCACUCCCUCCCUUCGAAUUCAACGAUUUCGAACAAAAGAAAACAGUAGAAUACAAAACCGCCCUUCCUAACGGUCUCCACUUCCGACGCGGUAUCCAAAACAUGCGCGUCCGAGACCUCGAAUUCCAAAUCCCUAUCCCGUGUCUCCCCAACGCCACCCCAGACUACACCAUCGUCCGUCGCGCCUGGUGGGAUAUAAUCCAACUCUGCUAUCGCGAUAGCGAAACCCCCAUGCGUCUCACGCUCGAACUACGCAUUAUGGGAGAUUCGAAUUUGAUCAUGGCACCCCAAAAGGGAAAUCGAUGGGGCACGGCUAGUAUUGAGAUUUUGACUAUUCCCGAUGCGGUAAAAGAUGAGGAGUGGGCGCCUUUUUGUCAGGAGGUGGUGGAUUUGUGGGGGAGGUAUAGAGGGUGUAUGGAGGUUGGGAGGGAGGAGGUAGAUUUGGAUAUUAGACCGCAUUGGGCGAAGGAGUGGGAGAAUGUUUUUAUUAGGGGGAGGAGGGCGAGGGAGUAUUUGAGGGAGGUGGCAUAUAAGGAGGAGAUUUGGGAGUUUAGGGGGGUACUUGGAGAGAUUGGUAGGGAGCAGGGGUGGGGGUUGGAGGAUUUGAAGGGGAGGUUUAGUAAUGAGUUGUGGGAUUAUUUGGUCUUUUGGGGGGUGGAGGGGAAUGGGGAGGUGGUGAGGGUAAAUGAGGAGAAGAUUCAAGGAGCUCCGGUUGUUGAGGGGAAGGUAGGCGAGGAGAGGCCCAGGACUAUUGAGGGGAUGAUAGGAAAGGCUAUCGAGGAGAGGUCUAAAGGACCCAAGAUUAUCGAGGGGAAUCUAAGAAAAUCAUCCGAGGAAAAGCCCAAAGAACCCAAGGUCAUUCAGGACAAGGUUGAAGUUAAGCUAGACGAGGUGAAAGUAAUCGAAGCAGAAGCAAACGGAAUACAACCCCAUGCGACAAACGAAUCAACAAGUACAAAUACAAGUACAAGUACAACUCCAAGUACGAGUAUACCAGCAAAAGUACCCCACGGAUCGGCAGCACACAAGGUAUUUCGAUUUAAUAGGAAGAGAGUUUAA